AUGCGUGAGGGGGUAGCGCGAUCACCUCUCCUUGGCGCAGCAAUCUGCACGCUCCUGCUUGCACUGCUGCGGACAACCCUCCCCGUCAGUGCGGUCUCAGACACCGGUGCAGCGACACGGACGCUUGAACGGCUCGCGUCAGCACUGACGGGGGUAGCUCUGUCCUGGGAUGAGGAGGUGUUCUCAGGAGACCGGGGUAGUGAGCGGAUACAGCCCCGGUUUCCAGGGGCUGUAGACCGGGAGGCCGUCAGCGGUGGCGGGGGAAGAGCGAUUCGUACGCUGGAGGAGAUGCAGCAGAGCGGGGAGGGUGGAGACGUUGGUGAUGACGCCAGCUGGGGUGAUGACAGCAGCGGGGACGACGGUGUCGAAGGCAGCAGCGCAGAAGUAUUCACCGUUGAGGAAGCGACUUAUAGAGAGAGCGAGAUGGGGAAUGCAACCUUAAUGCAUGCGUUGGAGGACGACGACGGCGACGACAGCGAAGACGACGAAGAGGCCGGUGAUGAUGCCGCGGCUCCGUCGCAAGCGCCGCGGCCGCCUAAGGCGGAGGCGGGCACCACCCCAGUCAGCCCUUCACAAGUGAAGCCGGGGCGGCCGCCGCCCCUGGAGCUCAAAGUCAUUCCAAACCAGCCGGCUUCAAUUCCCGCCAAGUGCGUUUUCAUCCUGGGCACCGGGCGGUCCGGAUCCACCUCGUUGAUGGACGCGCUCAACCAGCUGCCGCAUUACCUGAUCCGCGGGGAGCAGGAGGGGUCGUUCUGGUUCCUGUACCUGGCCUGGAGGAUGUUGAAGAAGUCGAUGAAACACUCGACCAACUUUCAAGUCCACCAAAAGCAGGCGGAGGCGCUAUACGGCACUCGCGAUGCGGGUUGGCUUAGCUAUGACACCGUGAAGCGAGUGUACGACAAGUAUGCCGUAGAGCACAAGUUGCCGUGGUUUAAUGAUUUGCAUGAUGCGCGCGUCAGCGACGCGGCGCGAGCAUUUUACGCCGCCACGUACGGAUAUCAUGGGCCGGAUGCCGUUAGUGGCUUCAAGGAGAUUCGCUUCGUUUGCGGGCGCGCUUUUCCCUCCCCGGACUGUCGCUACAGCGACUUUGACAGCUUCAUUCGCUUCCUACGGCUUAUGUGUACUGAUGCCAAGGUGCUGCUCAACUCCCGCGCUUCAGCUGCCCCCGAGGACAACCACAAGCUCAUAAGCAUGGUGGCGGGUGCCGGUGUGAGGCCCACAAAUGCCACACACACAUUUGCCGAGGAUUUGGAAGUCACGCACAGCUGGUAUGACAGGUACGCGAAGGAGCAUCCAGGUUCUGCGUUCAGGGUGAUUAUGGAGGACAUGUUUGAUGAGGAGAAGAACGCUACCCUGGCUCGUCAGAUUCUGAAAUUCCUGAAGGAGGACACCGACGCCAAGAUCUCCUUCAACCGCAUGCCCUCCUGGUCUGUGAAUCGGACACCUGAGAAGUCGCAGCGCUCGAAGAAGGAACGGAGGCGGACCUCGCAAUCGGUUGACGAUGACGGUGGCGAAGCCGACGUUAACGAUGCUCGCCCUACCACCGGUGGCGGUGGCUUCGACGCAAAGGCCCCCAAGAAAAAAGACAAGCAGAGCAAGCGCGCGGCUGAGGCCCCGGAUUCCGGCGCUGACGCAGCUGUCCCACCCGCGGCGGGCCUCCGACCUGGCAAAAAGCCAAAGGCAACCGUUCCGACAGCGCCCGGCAAGGCGGCAGAAGCAUCACCUCGCGCCCGCGCAGCCCUGCAGCAGUCGCUGGACGCUGUGAAGGGAGAGCCGACGGCGGCGGCGGAGGGUGGUUUGGCUUCCCAGAAGGCCAUCCGCAAGGCCGCGGCGGUCGCCGCUGCCGCCGCCGCCGCCGCCACAAAGCAGGAGCCACAUCAACAGCGAAAGGGAACAGGGCCCUUGGAAGGCAGCGGCGGCGGUGGCGGCGUCACCAAGCGCAAGGCUCCUCCGCCUGCAAAAGGUGAGGAUGACGAUGAGGAUGCGGACAUGAGUGGCGACGUCAGCGAUGGCAGCGACGACGUCAACACCGGUGUGAACCAGCAGGAGUUGGCGGACGUAGGCGGCACUGGGGGUGUUGGGGCUGAUGGGGCCGAGGGGGGUAGUGAUGGCACGGCGCCAACCGCCAAGCGGCGACGUCUCAGUCCGGAGGAGGAGCUGGCGAGGCUGAGCCGCACCGUCUUCGUGGGCAACCUGCCUUCGUCAUUUGCCACCACGCCCAAGCUGGUCAGGCGACUGUUUGAGGGUUUCGGAGCGGUCGAGUCCGUACGCAUCCGAGGGGUGCCUGUCAAGAUGGACGCUAACAUGCCCCGCCGCGCCGCCAUCCUCUCCGGCAAAGUGGACUUCGAGCGGGGUCCCUGCACCGCCUUCGUCGUCUUCAAGCAGCCCGAGGUGGCCCAGGCAGCCUUGGGAGCUAACAUGCAGCUCGUGGAGGGACACCACAUAAGGGUGGACCUGGCGGCGCCCAGGAGCGCAGCAGCCGCGGCGGCGGCGGCAGCGGCAGCGGCGGUAGGCAGUGGGAAAGUCAAGGCAAAGGCGGCCGCCGCCGCUGCCGCGGCGGCGGCAGCUGCGGCGGCCGCCGCCGGCAGCUCCGGUGGCAUGUACGACCCAUCUCGCAGCGUGUUUGUGGGGAAUCUGCACUUCCAGGUGACGGAUGAAGAGCUUAUUGAGCUGGUGUUGGGGCAGGCGGCGAUGCACCCCGAACUGACAGAUGCGGUGGAGGCGGUUCGCGUGGUUCGCGACCGGGAGAAUACCGUGGGCAAGGGAUUUGCGUUCGUGCUGUUGAAGACCAAGGAGGCGGCCCGGGCAGCACUCUCACUGAAUGGGCAGCUGCUCCGAAACCGACCUCUGCGGGUCACGAAAGCGAGCCGCCAGGCCGCAGCGGCCGCAGGUGGAGGAGGACGUGGUGGCCGAGGAGCCGCCGGAGGUGCCGGCCGCGGUCGCGGCGGCGGUCGUGGCGGCCGCACCGCCGCCGUCGCCUCCGACCCCUCCAGCUGGCAAGGUAUGAAAACCAAGGGCAAGGUGAAGGCG